UUUACGAUACGAUACUUUUCUGUAAUUUACGGCUGAGGCUAUCGGCACUGCCGCAGUGAGAAAAAAAAAAGCUGCUGUUUUAUAUAUCGUUUUUUCCUAUAGUCCAAGGCCUGCUUCACCUAAUCCUACGGUAUGUUUUAUUUUCCGCGUGGAGGCAAUAGAGGAGGAUCAGAUCAGUUUAAGUGGGAUGACGUAAAGACGGAUAAGCAUAGAGAAUUUUAUCUUGGACAUUCUGUAAAAGCCCCAGUUGGUCGUUGGCAAGAAGGGAAGGACCUUACAUGGUAUGCUAAAGAUAAGAAUGACAAGCAAUCCACCCUGAAGAAGGAAUUCGAUUCUGUCAGGAAUGCAGAGAAGGAGGCAAUGAUGAUUGCUCUUGGGCAAAUGCCACCCAAGACUAGCAACAAUGAAUCCAAUACUGCCAAACAAUGUGCUUACAAGCCACAGCAUGAACACAAAUUGAACAAGGAGUCUUCUGAAGGCAAACAGAGUUCAAAGAAAAAGAAGAAAAAGAAGAAAAAAGAAAGAAAAGAAAGGAGCAAUAAUUAUUCAUCUGAAGAGGAGCAAAAAAGAUCGAAAGUAAAGAAAUAUAAUAAACACAGACAUUAUGAUACUCCAGAGGAUGAAAGCAAAAGAAAGGAUAAAAAGAAAAUAAACUACAGUGAUCAUGGUGAAACAGAGAGAUUGAAACACAGACCAAUUAGAACAGAAUAUACACAAGAUGGUAAGAGGGAUAGUCGGGAUGUUAAAGAUCGAGCUAUGAAACACCAUAAAGAAGACAAUCACUACAGAAAACAUCAUAGUGAUGGCAAACAUAAAACAUUAAAAAGGGCAAUGACAGACAGUGAUGAAUCCUCCUCAUCAGAGAGAGAGUUUAAGAAGCGAAAAAAGAACAAGAGAAGAAAGUAGGGGAAAAUAACAAAGUUUCAUUCAUUUGGUAGGUCAUGUUCCGUUAUACUGCACUUUAACAGUCAGCAAGGGGUGGAAGUGACUUUACAAGCUGCACUACAGCUAAUCACAGAUUAUAAAUUUCUUGAUUUCA